AUGGACCAGGUGCCCUUCCGCCCGUCACGAGUGGACGCGCCCAUCGUCCACCGUAUUAAAGACUCCUUACCGACUGAGCAUGACCGUCGAUGCUUCAUGAAGUUUGUCAUGGACAGUGACGAGUACGACCUCAUUAAUCAAGCUGGGAUCGAGAGAAAUCACCAACAGUUUGAUCAGCGCAUGCUUGCGCUUAUCGAAACGCUUCCAGAACUGGAGGAAUACAUGAAAGAUAUGGGGCCGUAUGUGGUGGUGGACAACCGCAAAACAUACACCACACGUAUGGCUGACAUCGAGCGGGCAUUGAAUGAUGCGGUGGCCGAGGAUUUCUUGCCUGAGAACCGGGCGCUGUUGGAAAAUGAUGCCGAAACAGCCCGCCAAGCGGCUCUCAAAGAGCUCAUUCGGGGGUACAGAAGUUUCUUUCGUGCCCAUAUUCCCUUGACUGAGGAAAAUAAGGAGAGAUUUGAUGACAUUUUGGAUGCUUACGAGUUCUUCGUGUCUGUUUCGGCGUAUCGCUUCCGGGUGGAGUUGACGGAACUUCUUCGGCAGGCAUUCAACUGCGACGCCACGUUGGGGCUCUAUUAUGGGCAGAACUACUGGUUUUACGUCCACGCUGAUGACGGUACGAAAACAGUGUUCAUUUCCCUUUAG